AUGACGGAUUCAUAUUCAUAUUAUAAAAGAGCCAACUUAAUAUCAUCGGCAAACUAUUUGAACUCCACACUUCAAUCAAGAGCAUAUAUAGACACCAAACUAUUAUUUCCCAGCAUUAAUUCAAAAGAUUUGAUCAGAACUGAUCAAGACCAUGACAAUGAAAUCGUAAUCACAGAUGAACUUAUGCAGAAUGACCAAACCAUAAUUGAAGUUAUGAUGGAUUUAAUACAGUCUAUUGACAAGUAUAGAAGUCAGCAAAAGAUUAUAAAUGAAUCAAUAACGUCUAAAAACAAUACUAUAGAUGAAUUAAAUAAUGAAGUGAACCAUUUAAAACGACAAUUGACUAUGAAGGAAAAGAAAAACAGAGAUUGCGUAAUUGAAAGAAACAAAUUCAUUAAUAAAUUCAACCAUGUAUAUUCAAUAAAUAAAACUCAGAAUAGGAAUUUGAAACAUCUAUCUCAUUCAAUGAAGGAUAUUGCAAUUAAAAAUAAAAUUGAUAUGAAAAGGAAGGAUUUGAUAAUUGACGAGUUGAAGAGCAAACUAAUAACGAGAAGAAAUUUAAGUACGACCAUCGAAUAUGGAAUUCCUUUGACACCCAGAAUAGAAAGAAGCGAUGAAUUUCCCAUGAAUGAAAUUGAAGAUACUUCCAAUCAAAUUACGAAUUCCACGAAGGAGAAAAAGAGUUCAGUCUCUGACAUUCAAAAUUCAAACAACGAUGAAUUAACAACAUAUAUUGAUCAAUUAUCAAAUACAAUAAAUGAUAUGACUUCAGAAAAUUAUAAAUUGAAUAAUCUAGUCAAACUGAUUGAAAAUUAUUUAUCAUUAAUUAAUUUAAAUCUACUAUCCUAUAAAGACAUAAACUUAGAUGAUUUAAUUCCUAACCCAACAGAAACAAUAAACAAUUCAACAAUAAAUGAAGUUACAGAUGAGAUAAUAAUGAAACAUUAUAAUGAAAUUGAAAAUUGUGAAUUUUUAUCAAAACCUUUAUUAGAAGAAUUUAAUAAAUUUUACAACAAUUUGAAUAAUGUUUUACAACUAAUAAGUUUUAAUAAUUUUUCAAGUACGAUUAAUAUGGGUGGUGAUUUAAAUUCUGAUUCAAUAAUUAAAAACUUGACUAAUGAUUUAGCUAUAACUAAAGAGAAUUUACAAAAAUCUUUUCAAACCAUUGAAAUGUGGAAAGAAAUUGCACAGAAGAAUAAUGUAUAG